CUCGCGUUCCAUUACCAAACUACUCGAGAAUCGAAUCUUAUUUGAACACCCUGUGUUGAAUAGAACUGUGGCAAUGACUGUGUGAAGAGGGACGAGUUGGUGAUACAAGAAGCGAAGACAUCCACUCUUUGGUUCGGGCUGAUCGAGGACUUCGAAAGAUAAUAUUUGAGUCUAGAAGUUGGGGAUUUGAAUGCAGUGAGUAGCGCAGAUGAACAUGUCGGAUCUGCGUGGGUCCCCGCCACUGUCAAGGGGCGCUCUGGAGAACGGGUUUGGAGCUCCGUUGGCAGCGCUGAGCUCGUUGGCGGAGGCACCUCCGCCGGCGCCGAACCCGCACGGCAUCGACCACAUCCUGUCGCGGCCGGCGGUGGGCUCCACCGUGGGUGCGGGGCUGCUGGCGCCGCGGCUCUCGCUAGCAGCGGCGGCGGCAGGCAUGGCACAUUACCUGCAACAUAAGCCCCUCUACUGGCCAGGCUUCCAAGGACUAGUAUCUAACCCCAUCGCCUGGAGAGACCGGCUACAGUCAAUGAGCAACGGUGCGCUGAGCGCGUGCGCAGCGCAGGCCAGCGGUAUGGACAAGGACGGCAAGAAGAAGCACACGCGGCCUACUUUCAGUGGACAGCAGAUCUUUGCGCUGGAGAAGACCUUCGAGCAAACCAAGUACUUGGCGGGCCCUGAGCGAGCCAAGCUGGCGUAUGCCCUCGGCAUGACCGAAUCGCAAGUCAAGGUAUGGUUCCAGAACAGAAGAACAAAGUGGCGGAAAAAGCAUGCAGCGGAAAUGGCGACUGCGAAACGCAAGCAAGAGGAGCUAGGCGAGGAGUGUGACGAGCAGGAGCCGCACGACAACGAGCAGUGCAGCGACGACGACGACGCCAAGCGGCCGCGGCUCGACCACCACCACCAGCACCUGCCGCACCACCCGCUACCGCACCACCGCCAGUGAUCGCUUCCCCCCGGCGCAGGCGAGCGCCCAGCCGACCCGCUGUCCGCCUGCGUCACCGACAAACGGGACCUCAUCGACGCCACACUCCAUAUCGACUCCCCCGACAACGAUGUAAGCGCCAGCGCCCCCAGCUCCGGCAAUAGCCACGAUCUAGACUAUAAUAAACCUUUCCUCGAUUUCAAAGAAGACUCCCGGACCGACAAGUUCCCUUUCAACUAUACCAGAAACUUCAACAGCAACCCUAACAACGAUUCUAGUGACCGCAAUCUUGAGGAUCCCAAUAGUUACUAUUUCAAUGGAAUUUAUCCUGAGUACCUGGUGCCGAGAAGCUUUUGCAAGGAGUCUAGUGGCGAGGACGCGCCGUGCGACCUGUCCAACUGGCAAGUGAGGACCCUGAACAAGUUCGAGCAGGAUGUGCCAGAGCAGGAGCGGGAGGCGGCGAACACGAGCGGGUCGGUCGAUAGUGAGCACGACAAUGCUCACAACAGUGAGGGUAACGCCGACGAUAACGUUCAACAGCCGAUAAAUUUCGCAUACUACCACUUUUAAUGGACUUUUAACGAAAGCACUAUGUGAGAACUGUAUUUUAAGUAUAGCUUUAUAUUUAAAUUGUAAAUAGCUACAGUCUAACUAAGUAGUCAUGUGGUAAAUAUUAAGUAAGUAAUUUAUUAUUAUUAGAUUUUACAUGGUAUAGCGUAUUUGUGACAUAAGUCAUUAAGUGUACAUUAUGCAGGACUUUUAACCCUCUUGGUGCCAAUUUCCUUGUAGGUAUAGAAUGUUGCGUUAUUCUAUUUUUACGCACUAAAGUCUACUUACUUAAUUAUUUGUGUUUUUUUAUCACUAUACUCAAGGAUAAUUCUUUUAAAUUUUGAUAGAAGUGUGAGACAGCAUUUGAAACCAUUCCGUUUAUUGUAAAUAUAAGUUUUAGUGACGCCACAUAAAGUAUUUCGAUGUUGACGCUGUGGAUGCGUGCUGCAAUAUGUAUUGUACAUUAUUAAUUACGUUAUAGAUAAGCGAUGGAUUGUAAAUAAAUAUUUAAACGAAUUUAACGAUUUUAUUGUAACGAUAACUACUAGUAGUAAUGACCACGCAACACAGGUUUUAAUAGUUAUCUAUGUGUAUGAAAUAUUCAACUCGAGUGAAAGGAGCAGCACGUUGGAGAGUCCAAUGUGCUGCACAUUUACUUUGAGCACGAAAUUUAAAAAGUACUAUAAUUUUUCGAAAUUCAAUAGGUUUAAAAUAGCGAUGAGCUUCAAGCAAAGACUAAGUAACUUUGCUUGUUCGCACAAGGGAGACAAAAUGAUUCACUGUUAUAUGCUUCGUAAUAAUAAUAAAAUGUAUUAUAAACCCACCAA